AUGUGCUCAUAUACAAGGGCUUUGACAGGCGAUAUGCCUUCCACGAACAGUCCCGACGAGGCACAAGCCCGGAGAGACGUCGGCACCAACCAGAACGCUGGGCGGCAGCAGUUGCCUUCAUUGAGUAGCCUAUUUGGCCCGUCUACAACGCAGCUUCGCCCAUUGCAUUCGCCGACUUUCUCGGACCGUCCAGGAUUGUACACAACAUCGUCGUCGCCGCUUGAUCAUCCCCGAGGCCCAGCUGGCAGUUGGGAUAGGUCUUACUCGGCAUCUUCGUCAUCUUGUUUCCCCCCUCCAUCAUUGACUUCGCAGCCUCGCAGUACACCGGAUCCCAGACUUGAUGAACGGCCUCACUUUCCGCCACCGUUACGGGCGCUCCCAGGCCCUCUAUCACCCAUGGUCAGGGAGUCGGAGCCUCAAAGGCCUCAUUCUCAGUCCGGUUUCAGCACUGGGAACAAAUGGUCGCUGCGUCACGAAAUUGGCCAAGAAUACGCGCUGGGAAACCGGGAGUACGCAUCGUACAGAUCAUCACCCACUGAGCGAGCCCAUAGUCAGCUUUCGAACGGCAUCCCGAGCCGUGAGGAAGGCUUGGGCUUACGUAGCGAGCAGCCGGCUGCGCAACCACCAACACCAGUUAGCACCGGUGCCUCCGAGGUCAUCGUGGGCAAGGAUGGAUUGGGCCCCAAGAUUUGGACAGGCACACAUUUUUUGCCGAGAUUUGUCAAGGAGGAAAAGAUCGAUGGUGAAACGUAUUUCAUAUAUGACGAUGGAACCCGUUGCAAAGAUGUCAUUGAUGGUGAGAAAGUCAAUGCCCAUUGGGGAGUGACAAAAGCUGGGAAGCCGAGAAAGAGGCUGGCAAUCGCUUGCAUCACUUGCCGGGAGAAGAAGAUCAAGUGUGAUCCAGAUUACCCUCGAUGCGCGCAAUGCGAGAAGUUUGGGCGUACUUGCAAGUUCAAGAAUGCCCCGCGAGGUGGACACAAUACUUCACCUUCGACUCCGCCCGCCGAAGUCGACGAUGCGCGCCGCUUGCCCAGCUUAAUUCGACCACCACCUCACGAAUAUGUAAGGACGAGCGCGCACUCGAGUGAAUCUGUUUCACCACGCACCACUCUUCGCCCAGCAAGCCCCGAGAUGGCCUCAUCCGUGCCGUCGAAACGGCUUCGGGUAGGCUACGACCACUACGCUCCCGCAGGGGGACACCGACCGCCUAUGGCACCGGCGGCGGACCACAUGAUCCGGUCCAACUUGUCUUGGCACCGUCAGCCUGAACUUCCCCGCGUCCACGAGGACGCAGUGCGCCGUGCAUGGCAAAUAGACCCGUAUGUCUCCGAUCCUGAGUCCGUGAUCAGCACCAUAACCUCCUUUUUCGUCUCCACCGAUGCCACGACCUUCCGAUUCCUCCCCGAGAAGGCAUUCAAAACCUGGGUACAGAACAACGCUCACCAUAGAAACAAGUCCCCAGAAGAUCUGAUGCUCGUCUAUAGCAUCCUUGCUCUCGGUUCCCUCCUGUCGACCGCUGGGUCCGGCGGGCUCGACCCUAGGAAGGAGAAAACCAACCACUACGCUCAGGUAGCUCGUUACGCAACAGAGCACGCAGCGAUGUCACUACAGCUUGUCCAGGCGAGAAUCCUCCUUUCCCUCUACUAUAUGGCUAUUUCGAGGCUUAUCGAUGCCAACGAAAUGUCCAGUAGCGCCGUUUCGGCAGCGGCCUAUUUGCAGUUGAAUCUGGAGUUGGAUCAGUCUCCCGACGUAGGACUCAAAUCAUUCCCGUAUGGAUUGGCCAGGGCUGGCUUUGCUGAGUGCAGGAGAAGGACGUUUUGGUCAUGUUUCUUACUGGAAAGACUAAAUGGCCUCUUUCCAACCCGGAUGGCCGUCACCAACCCAGCCGACAUCUUCCUCCGGCUUCCUAUGGAUAUCGGCUCGUUCGAAGAACAAGAGGACGUUUCUGUGCCGGUCUCGGCGUUUGAGAACUUCAACUCUUCUGGACUUCCUGAGCCAGACCAGAAGCACCGGGAGACACAGACAGUCGACAAGGGGACGAAAGUAGGGAUGAUGGGCUGUCUGAUUCAGGUGGUAGCCCUUUGGGGAGAGGUUAUGGCUUUGAUAUACCGGGUUGCGCACUCCGGUAAUCGCCUAUCAGAAGAUGAGGUGGAUGUUAUGGCCAAGUUCCAUCAACGCGUACUAUCCCGGCUCGAAAGCUGGAGAACUUCACUCUCUCCUAGCUUUCUUUUCACUGCCGCUACUCUCGACAAUUUGCUGGGUCUGGUGUGUACAGUUGCAAACCAUAUCAGAGCCACUGGCAGCCCUAGCCUUGACGGUACCAGUAUGCCACCACCCUUUACCAGCUUCGCCGUCCUUGAGGCCUUGGAUGUGCUUUCGGCGGAGGGGCACAUACAAGAGCUUCCGGGAUUGAUUGACGGUUUUGCCAUUGCACGAAGUGUCUUGGAGAUCCUGGGUAUGGUAUGGGAAGAUGCAAGGGCGCACAAGACGGUAUUGGAUCACCGGCUGGACAGGCUGGUAGCCCUCAGGGAGAGAACUGAAGGCCUGGACGAUGCUGUUGCCGUACCCCUUGUUGGAAGGGGGAGGGGGAAUAUGUCAGAGUAUGAGUUUGAAGUUGGGGGAAUCCGAGUUUACGUUGCAAAUUCAGACGACGGCCUUGACAAGACCUAUCAGAAUGAGAAGGAUGGCACCGUUGGUGACGCAAAGGAUGAGCAACAGGUUGCGGCUACAGUUCCAGAAGGUUUGCUUUGCUGGCAAAUGGGUGAAACGCUUGAGACGAGGUUUCCCAGAGAGAUGGACUGCAUCUAUGCAGGACUACCAACGAUCCACGCGCCGAGAACUAUGACAACUUGA